AACCCCCUUAACCCGCGCCCCUUGUCUCUCUCUCUCUGUCUUGCCAUGGGCUCUGCUAACAAGCACCUCCCCUCUUCAAAACCCUCCAAAACCCCCUUUCUCUCUCCUCCUCCUCAACACGAAAUCCCCAAAAUGCCCUCCAGAAGCAGCGACACCGAAGACAAAACCCCUCCUCCUCCCACUCCCAAGCAAUCCCAGCCGUUCGUACCACCUCUCUCCAUCGACGGCUCCGGAGACGACGCUGCCCAACGCCGAUCCAAGUCGCUGAAUCGGCCAGAGCUGCUCCGGCGCCGGUCGCGCCGAGUCAAGCAACUCGCCAGGUACUACAAAGCUCAGUACUGGGCUCUGAUGGAGGAAAUCAAGUUCAGAUACAGGGAAUACUACUGGCAGUACGGGAAAAGCCCCUUUGCUGACGAGGAGGAAGGAGGAGGAGAGGGAGAGAGGGAGGGACGAGGCGAGAGCACGGUCGGGGCCGAAGGGAGCGGAGAGAACAGCCACAGGUUAGGGUUAGGGUUUUGGGGCAAAAUGGGAAAUGGGGAGAAUGAGAGGCGUUGCACCUUUGCGGGCUGUAAGUCGAGGGCGAUGGCACUGACGAGCUAUUGCCAUCAACAUAUACUCUCGGACAGCAAGCAGAAAUUGUACAAGGCUUGCAGCUAUGUUAUCAAGAGUGCACCAACUGGACCAAUUAUCUGCGGGAAGCCAGUGCUGAGAGCUGCCGUGCCUUCUCUUUGUACUGUUCACUUCCAAAUGGCUCAGAAGCAUGUAUCACGGGCUCUGAAGAAGGCUGGUCUCAAUACCUCCUCAUCUAGCAAGCUUGCUCCGAAGUUUCAUGUUAUAAUUGCGGAAUACGUGCGCCAAAUCCAAGCAAAAAGAAGGGAAGAACGGAGACAUAUUAUUGACAAUGUAGUAGUUAAGGAAGAAAAAGUUGCUUGAGCUAUUUCUGGUAUGCUGACACAUUUAAAAUGCAUCCGAUGUGAUCAAUUGGGAAUUUCAUGUCCAAAUACUCGGAUGAUAUCUCUUUCUAAUCAAACGAAGUUCAAAGAAACUUGAACGGGACGGAGGUCUCAUUCCCUGGGAGAAGAUUUUGCACCUAUCCAAGGUGGCUGUGUAUAAGGGCAGGCUCAAUGGCAGGAAUAUCUGCAUGACUUGUUACUGGUGUAUUAAUAUAUGUUGCUGGGUGGUUGGUGUGAAUGGUGAUAUUUCAUUCAGGCUCAGUUUGGUGUAGGAGUGUGUUGCUUCAAUUCAUCUAUUUUGCAUUAAUUUCGGUAAAACAGAGCAAAUACAAUUCAAUGGGAUAGAUUUGAUGUGGAUUUUUACAACAUGGAUUCUUGGCGUGAUCUAUUUAGAACUGCAUGUCUGGUGCAUGGGAAGGUUGUUGAGAUGGUGAUGAAUGGAAACAGUUGUGAAAGCUUCUUCUUCGAGAUGUUAAUGAAAUUGUUGGACUUGUGAUUUUUCCCAAAGUGCAAAGAACAUCCAAGUCAAUGAUACCUUGCACAAUAUUCUUUCAGAAAACUAUUCCUAAGAUCUGUAAGAUCUGUGAUGCAUUGUAAUCUUAUGGACCACAAUGCCUUCGCAAGUGCAGAGAAGAAUUGUUCAAGAUGGAUAUGAAGAAGUUCAUCUUGAAACUAUUUACUAGAAGUACAAGGGAAAUCGAUUGGCAAACUGAAGUGGCAACAGAUUGAUAUGUAGUUUUUUUUGUUCUGAAGGAUACAUAUGAAUCCGUAGUUGGAUCAAUGGCUGGAUUGACUGGAUAGUUGUUGAAUGGAUCCUGUUGAUGAAUGGAUUAAGGUUACCUGGAUUUGAGGUCUCUUUGGUUUGUGUUAUGGGAAGGGUUAUGUGGUACGCUACUUCCUCGUUUACAUGGUAUGCUAGGGGUAGGAUCAUGCGGAUUACUCCAAUAUGUACUACUUAAGUGUGCAAAAUAUUUGUUAUUAUCCAACACUGGUUUUGUAAUUUAUAUAUAAAUUGAUGAAUGUUAUUCUUAUAAAUCUGGUCUUGUAGUAUUAUAUUGUAUAUGCCUGAUAUUACAUAUAUAAAAGUAUAAAUCUCUGCAUUCUAAAUAUAAAUAUAAAUUAUAAUUUAAUUAAAAAAGCAGAGUGUAAACCAGAAUUUUACGUUGGUAAAAAUAGUGAUCAGGAAUUCAGGAUCAUAAAAGAUUGGUACAGAAAAAUUGAGGGGGUUGUAUAUUUAGGUAACAUUUGGGGUGGAUAAAAUUAGGAUCAAUGGAGGGAUCUAUGGAUGGAUGAGGAGAAAGAUUAAUGAAUGAAUUGGCGACUAGAUUGGCAACAGAAAUGGCAGGUAGAUCAAUUGUCUGGCUAGAAGGCAUGUAUCAUACACAAAUGAGAUCUUAAUGGAUGGUUCAAGAUCGAAGCGUGAGAAUGAAACCAUCACACAUCAGUUGGUGAUUAGACGGAAGAAGUGAUAGCAUGCCAUGUUGUGGCAUCCAGUUACAGUCGGGUUGAAUCGACGGGUGGGCCUUUAUUUUCCAGUGCUCCCAAAGCCAACAAUGACAGGAUACAAAAGCAGGCCAUGGUGAUGGACCUGUACAAAGAUUCAAAUUAGGGGGUCAGUUCUUCCCUGUCGGGAGGGAUUAUUGGGAUGGGCUAUAGUAUCUAUCAAAUCAGUGAAGUGUUUCAGUAGUCUAUAUGAUAGUCGGUGGACCUCACACGCAGAGUGGUCAAAGUCUGGGUCCACAAAUCCAUAGGGUUUGCCUUUUGAGUCCUCAUUUUAGCAAGUUUAUUAUUUAAUUAAUUGUUAGGGUUGUUCAACAACUUGUUAGGCAAGCUUCUGUUAGUAUUUUCAUUCCAUAUUUUGUGGUCCACCUUUUGGAUGUCAAAGAAGGUGGAAUGAUAUGAAAUCAGUCACAUCUGAUGGCUCAUUGAGUUAGCUUUCAAAUUAGGGGUUUGAGCAUUUAUAUAGACUGAUUUGUAGAUCUCCUAUGGCUUAGUAAUUAAUAUUCAGUAAAAAGGUUUCUUGUUAAUCCUACUUUUGGAUUAAUUUUCGAGUUGGAUGACCCGAUCCAUGGUGUGAGUCAAGUGUCAACUAGGAAUUCCUGUUUCGAUUUUACUUCAAACCUGAAUCUUCGAAUUAGGUGUUUGAGAUUAGAUUGUGUUUCCUCAAUUCAUUUUGUCCUACAUCGCAUUUACUCAACUUUACAGCCUGCUUGCUGCACCUCCUUUCCUGUUGCCUCUAGGCAGAGGUUGUUUUGCUCUUAGUUGUUGAUGGUAACAAACGGUAAACAAGUCCAGGCCAUCGUGGCUCAAGGCCAUGCCUCAGUCGUAGAGAGAAUGCAUUUCAUCCUUGGGGUCUUGAGCCUUGAGCCUUGAUCCCAUACGUAUCUAUCCCCAAAAAAGAAUAAAGGAAAGAAAAAAAGUCAAUGCCAUGUUGGUGUUGGAGUUUUCACGAAUAUGUCUGCACUCCCUCUGUAUGCUGGUUCCUAACUGUCUUUAGAUGAGAUGUAACUAAGGUGGAGAUCCUUUUUAGCCUCAGAAACAGCACUCUAGUUCUUUACCCUUCUCUUAGUAUACACAGAUUUAUGUAGUGGUUUAGGAGUGCGACGCACCUGGGGAUUGAAACUGGUAUGAUUAACCUCAACUUGGCCACGAUGUGUUGACUUAGCUCCAUACCAAAAUCAAUACCAAGUCAUAUUGGAUGAUUUUUAAAACCACGUCAUAUAGUGAUUGAUUCUGACUAACUCAAUGCCCAUUUGUUGGAUGCAAGGAAGAAUUCCCUCUUUUGGAGAAUCAUGGCUUUUAAAGAUGCUUUCUUACUCAUGUUACAGAUUGUUUCAACUUUCAUGCUCACAGAGAGGCCAACGUUGAUGAACAUGGAACGCGGAGAGGCGAUCAUGAUGGUGGCUGUGAUGAUUUGGUGAGACUCACCAGCAACGUGAGCUGGCCGCAGGGUUCCUUCAUCACCUCCUUGUUUUGUUUAUUUCUUUUGUUUAUAGCAAACAUCAUAUUUACACAAAACAACGUGUCUCUGAAAGGACCCUAGGGGGUUGUAGUCAUGAAGCGGAUGAUUUCCCGCCAAAAACAGUUAUGGGACACAUGGCACAUAGCUAUUUGUCAGGCAGUGUGAAGCCCUUCUGAUUGCACAAAGGGUUGCGUCGAACCAAAGGGGUUUGGAGAAGUGGGUGUCAAUGCCGGCUGAUGACCCGUGCUCAUAGUGAAUGGGCCUCCAACUGUUUUCAGUUGACCAAGGACUGCUAAGGUCUGGAAAUUUUGUCAUGCGCGAUCCCCCGUUGAAGUGGUCCUAUGCUCACUGGAUUUGAAAGACCGCGAUGUGCCUCUUCUCUGGUACGUGGCCAUUUUAACAGGAUUACAAAGUAGGGUUUCUGCCUCUCUUCGGUUGGGUUGAGCUUUAUAAGUUCUGACAUUUUUUUAAUGUCUUUAUAAGGAGAGUUGGUUGGGGUGAAGGAAGCUGUGUCAGACACAGCAAGCCCUGGAAAAAUCAUGUGCUGGCUUAAUUUAUAUGGUAACAUGUGAAAGAUUGUACAAAUAUCAGCAAGCUUCCACAGUGGGGAGCAUCUAAGUCAAAAUGUAUAAGAGCAAUAGGCAGACAGUGAUAGAAUGCUCUUUCAGAGGUAUGAUGAUGGAACAAUCCCUUCAGCGGAAUUGUCUAGUGUUAGGUUUCAUGUCCUUGUUUUGCAAGAAACUAAGUGGUACCAUGUAUAUGAUGAUAGAAUCAGUCACUGUACUAGGAUUACAUAUUGUUUUAUUAGUCAGAGGCUUGCUAGCCCCAAACAGCACAGGCACCAACCUACCAUGUAAGUAACCUCUUCCUCUGCUCAUGCAAUUGGGCCCAUGAUUUGGACA